GUGGAGGAGGAAGAGGAGGAGGAGGAGGAGGAGGAGGAGGAGGAGGAAGAUGAGAUUGAGGAGACUAGGGAGGCUGUGACACAGAGAACCUUUGACCACCCGUAUUUCACUGGAGACAUUCACCAGCAGCAGGACAAGGCUGAGGAAGACGAGGAGGAGGAAGAGUAUGAGGAGGAGAGGAGAGAAGCAGAGCACCAGCCACAGGAGAUCCUGGAGGAAGAGGAGGAGGAGGAAGAUGACAUUGAGGAGGUGGAUGAGAGAGUGCACCCUGUCGUCCUGCCCACCUGUUCCUCCAUCAGCUGCACUGCAGCAGCUCAGGGAACAGCCACACAGAGGGAGAGGGAGGACCACAGGGCCAGGACUAUAGAGGACUACAUCCCCCACAGGACCAGCCUCCUGGAGAAGUACUACCCCCACAGAGUCAGCCCCAUACAGCACUACACCUCCCAUAAGGCCUCAGCAGCCUCUGACAUCAUCGAGGUGCGCUCAGAGGAUUCAGGGAAGGACUAUGAAGAUGAAGAUGGUGAUGAGGAGGAGGAAAAUGACAGUUUGUCUCAGAGGUGGACGGAUGAGUCAGAGAUGUAUGAUAUGACCCGGGGAAAUUUGGGGCUCCUGGAGCAGGCCAUCGCCCUGAAGGCAGAACAGGUGAAGGGGCCUCGCGACCUCCUCCUCCGUCACCCUGCCAUCACCCCGGAGUUCCACCACUGCUACUUCACCAUGGACGACCGGCCCAAACACCUGGACGCCAUGCGCAAGAGCUACUUCAGCAGCAAAGCUGUCUCUACAGAGGGCAGCAGGCCAGAGAAGAGGGAGAUCAAAUGCCCCACCCCUUCCUGUGACGGGACUGGUCAUGUUACUGGACUCUACCCCCACCACCGCAGCCUGUCUGGCUGUCCACACAAGGACAGGAUCCCUCCUGAGAUUCUGGCCAUGCAUGAGAACGUCCUGAAGUGUCCAACUCCAGGCUGCACUGGACAGGGCCAUGUUAACAGCAACCGCAACACCCACCGCAGUUUGUCAGGAUGCCCCAUCGCAGCCGCGGAGAAGCUGUCCAAGAGCCUCAACCUUGACAAGCAGCAUCUCUCCCAGCCAAUCAGAGAGCACCUCAAAGAAAGUCCCAACAACAAUGACCGAGUCCUGAGGCCCAUGUGUUUUGUGAAGCAACUGGAGGUGCCUCAUUGCAGGCAGUACAGGCCCAACAUGAUACCCGCCACCCCUCGUGCCAACCUGGCCAAGGAGCUGGAGAAGUACUCCAAGGUCUCCUUCGAUUAUGCAAGCUUCGACUGUCAGGUGUUUGGAAAGCGCAUGCUUGCUUCAAAUAUAACGACCAGCGAAACCUCACCCAAAGCCUUCAAAUCUAAACUCUCGUCCCCCAAGUCUUCUUCUCCCAGCCUCUGCCUGCAUGGAGGCUAUGGAAAGACUGCCUCCUCUUCUGCCUACGACUACUCCCAUGAUGCCCAGGCCGCCCACAUGGCUGCCACCGCCAUCCUCAACCUGUCCACGCGCUGCUGGGAGAGGCCUGAGCACCUGAGCACAAAGCACCAGGACCUGGCCAGCAAGGACAUUGAGGUGGAUGAGAACGGCACUCUGGACCUGAGUAUGAAGAAGCCCGUCAAACGAGAGGGUACCAGCCCUGGGAUGUGCUCCACGGACCCCUCCUCCUCUUCCUCCCUGCACCACGGAGGCAGCAGUGGCAUGACCUCGCCCCACACAUGCCACGCCUACAAACAGGAACACUGGGAGGAGCCUCUGGACUACACCAAACCCAACCGCCAGCGAGAGGAGGAUGUAGAGGAGCUGGAGCACCACACAGCGCGGUCGUUUGCCUCGUCCGACCCUGAGGACAUGGAUCUGACGCAGGAUUACCCCGAGGAGAGGAAGUACCCUGGAGAGGUCACCACCCCAAUCUUCAAGGUCCAGUUCCAACAGCCCAAGGACUGCAAGAAAGAUCUGCUCCUGUGCCCCACUCCUGGCUGUGACGGCAGUGGCCACAUCACUGGAAACUAUGCAUCCCAUCGCAGUCUGUCUGGCUGUCCUCUUGCUGAUAAGAGUCUUCGUUCCCUCAUGGCGGCCCACUCUGCUGAGCUCAAGUGCCCCACUCCAGGAUGUGAUGGUUCAGGACAUAACACUGGAAACUACGCCUCCCACAGAAGAUGCCCCGUGUCUGGCUGUGACAGCCUGGGUCACAUCAGUGGGAAGUACGCCACUCAUCGCAGUGCCUAUGGGUGCCCGCUAGCUGCCCGCAGGCAGAAGGAGGGGAUGCUCAAUGGUAACCCUUUCUCCUGGAAGGCCUUUAAGACGGAGGCCUCCAACUGCCCCACCCCCAGCUGUGAUGGAUCAGGACAUGCCAACGGCAGCUUCCUAACACACCGCAGUCUCUCUGGCUGUCCCAGAGCUUCCUUUGCCAGAAAGAAAGCCAAGAUCCCUGGAGAUGAAUACCUGAGCACCAAGUUCAGGGCCAGCGACGUUCUGAAUAAUGACGAGGACAUCAAGCAACUCAACAAGGAGAUCUAUGAGCUCAACGAGACCAACAACGAGAUGGAGACAGACAUGGUGAACCUGCAGACACAGAUCUCAUCCAUGGAGAAGAACCUGAAGAACAUUGAGGAGGAGAACAAGCUGAUAGAGGAGCAGAAGGAAGCUCUCUUCAUGGAGCUAUCUGGCCUCAGCCACGCCCUGAUCCGCAGCUUGGCCAACAUACGCCUCCCACACAUGCAGGAGCCAAUCACUGAGCAGAAUUUCGACAGCUACGUGAGCACCCUGACUGACAUGUACACCAACAAGGAGUGCUACCAGAACCCGGAGAACAAGGCUCUGCUGGAGAACAUCAACAAGGCCGUGAAGAGCAUCAAGGUGUGAAAACCUCCACAAUGAAGAAGAGUGAAAACAUGAAAAAGGAAAGAGAUGGCGUCAAGAGACUGGAGUAUAUAUUAAAAGAGAAUACAAAUACAAAAAGGGGCAUUCAGGUUUUAUAAACAGCAACUUAAAUUAAACCCAGGGAGCAUUCUGUAAAGAAGAAAACGUAACUAGGACCAAAAUCCAAACAUGCUGCUGCUGGGAUUAGAAUGAGGAAGUGGAACGGAACCAAAUCCUUCAGUUUGACUUGAUGAACUAAAUAUAUAUCUGGGGUUUUGUUUCUUUGUUUUAUGUCACCUUCGUCAUUUUCAUGUCUGUGCUGUUUUGGAGGUAUCUCUGUUUUGGAGGUAUCUCUGUUUUGGAGGUAUCUCUGUUUUGGAGGUAUUUCUGUUUUGGAGGUAUUUCUGUUUUGGAGGUAUUUCCUUUUUGGAGGUAUCUCUGUUUUGGAGGUAUUUCUGUUUUGGAGGUAUUUCCUUUUUGGAGGUAUCUCUGUUUUGGAGGUAUCUCUGUUUUGGAGGUAUCUCUGUUUUGGAGGUAUCUCUGUUUUGGAGGUAUCUCUUUGACUGUCCCAAUUCAGACUGUAAUUCAAGCUUUAGUUCAGCAACAAUUUGGAGAAGAAAGAAAGAAAGAAAGAAAGAAAGAAAGAAAGAAAGAAAGAAAGAAAGAAAGAAAGAAAGAAAGAAAGAAAGAAAGAAAGAAAGAAAGAAAGAAAGAAAGAAAGAAAGAAAGAUGGAUGGAAGUAGUGGUGUGAUGUCAGAUAAAACAGAGGGUAUGAACCGCCUACAUGAGGUGAAGAAAACCCAUGGGCAGUAAAUAACAAAAGAAAGCUGGAAAACUGUCCACAUUGUGUCCCAGGGAAGAACACAAAGACUUCAGAAAUGUUGUUCUGGGGCAGGAUAAGUGUGUGAGUGGGGAGUGCGUGAUGCUGAGCAUUGCAGCAGUCCUAUCGAGGAGAAGUGAAUGGAGAGUCCCUGAACUCUGGGGUCUUCUUGAGCAAUGGUUCAUGUGCUUGGUGUUGUUACUGCAGCAAGAUGUCAACAUGGAUCCGUGUCUUGUCUCAAUUCAGAGGAAAACAGCUCUUCAAACGAAGAUGAAGUCACAAAUCACUGGUUUCUUUUUCUCUUCUGAAAAUCAACAGUACAGCCUGUUAUAUAUUUUUGAUGGAACAACUGGUGUCAAGAUCUGAGAGCAGCAGAUGCAGCCUUUUUUCUUUGAACUGAAUUAUGAUAGUAAUAGUGUGCACACUUUUCAAUUCCUGUUAGUCAUAUCUAUAGUUUGUGGUACAAUAAAUUAUUUAAAUUUG